AUGGUCGUAGCGGCCUUGGAUGAGAACUCCACCUUGAGUGAAUGUAGCGAGGGACACUAUGUCGAGGUGGAGUGGAGUGUGGAGGUGGCGCGCGUGGUGCGAGUAAGACGCCUGAGCCGUCGAUUGGUGUUUCUGGAUGUCGAGAUCAUGACCGUUGGUGAUGUGAACGAACGCGAUAUGAAGCACAUGGAGCAACAGCAAGAGGAGCAGCAGCGGUACGAGCGGGAUUCAUCGGCGGCUGGCGUGAAUGACGUCAGCUCCGCCGUAGUUGACGUCAGCGGCACGCUAGAAGUUGCGCUGAAGCAUCCCACAUGUCCGGACGUGCGCGCAAAUGCCCGCCACGCGCACGUAGGCCGGCUCGUGUCGCUCCGCGGCCCCCUGGUAGAUUUGCAACCCACUAGGGCUCCUAUCAAGGCGGCUAAUAACGAGGACGCGCAAAUCCCCGCGACUUUCCGCCUGCCCCUUUUCUUCGCAGCGUCAUUAACCGCAUUCCCAGCCGCCGGCUCCGACAAGCUAACCUCCGCCGCCGCCGGCGUUGCCGCGGCUGGCGGAAGGGCGGAGGGGGAGUGUGCGGAGGAGAGCGGGGAGGAGGGUCGGGGAAGCGGAAAUGCUAGCGCAGGGGCAAGCGCAGCCGCUGGGGCUGGCGCAGGCGCGGAUGCACUGGGCUGGCCCAUAGUGGCGCCUGGGUGGGGCGUUUGGGAGAACCUGCCUGGCGGUGGGGGGAGCGACGGCGCGCGGAAGGGGAAGGGGGAGGCGGAAUGGGCGGGUGAGCACUACCUCAACUCGGCGCACUGCUCCGCCGCGCCCUUCUGCGCGCGCGCGCACCCGCCGCCCGCGCUGCUCCCCCUGCUGCGCCUGCACUGGAUCGCGCACAGGCAGCACCGGCGCCGCCACUGCUGCAGCCAGGGGGAGCGGGACCCGCACAGCGCGGAGGGGAAGCGGGGGAAGCAGGUGCGCGCGGAUCUCUUUGCUGCGUGGCUCGUGGGGACGUUCGGACGGGGGAGACUGAUGGGGGAAGGCGGGGGGCCGGGAGGAAACGGGGAGAGGGAGGAUGACAGGGAGAGGGGAGAGAGGGUGAAGGGAGGGGGCAACGGGGAGAUGGGGGACGGCAGGAAAGAAGGGGGCGGCGGGAAGGGGGUUUUAGACGUGGCAGGGGGGAGGGGGGCGUUGGCGUUUGCAUUGGAGCAGAGGCAUGGGGUGCGGGCGACUGUGGUUGACCCGCGAGGAGUGCGGCUGAACAAGAAACAGAUGAAGAAAGUGGAGACGCAUGCGGAUCUAGUGGAGUAUCUUUCAGCCUUGUGCCGGUAUUUUGGGGGCAGCCCGAAGAUUGACUGGCUGAAUUUCUCUGGGCAAAAUCUGGUUCUGUAUUGCAUGGAGUACACAUGA